AUGAGAUUGGCUCAUCUUUAUCUGACGUACUCGAUACUGCUUUUAGUUUUCAUAAAUUCGGAAAAGCAUUUCCACAUCGAUGUUUUCGUCGAAGUGAUUAUGGACAUUCGAAAAUUUUAUUCCGCAGCGACUGUUAUAUUCACCCAUCCUGGAGACGAGUAUGGUGACUAUGGCGAUCUGCAAAUUACGCACCUGGUGCAUACGUGUUCUCGUCUGCUAGGCCGGAACUACGUGGUGACUCUGGACGUGCACUUUAGAAAAUUAUGGAGAUUGCUCAGAUAUCGCCAUCAAAUAGUGCAGCCCAUCAUCAUCGUUAUUAUGCCCGAUUUCGAUGCAUACCUGGAAUUCGCAGAGGCUACCAAUACCUAUCCCAUGUCUUUCCCGGUGUGGUUUGUGCUGUUCCUUUUCACACCAGCCAACAAUACUCACGAUCAUUGUCGCCAGCCGAUAGGCAAUCCUUUCAACCUGGCAUUCGACACGCAGAUGUUGGUAUUAUGCCACAACGAAGAAAUUCUACAAGAAUGGUACUCGGUCAAAGGCGAGACCACCAAGAUUUUCGAUCUGGCAAAGUGGGAGGAUGAUUUGGGAUUCGUGCCCUUGACAAACUUAUCCCUCUACGAUCGAAGGAACGACUUGGAGGGAGUUGUCUUGCGAACUGUCACAGUCAAGGAUAUACCGCUUUCUUCGAGAUUUGACGAAAACUACGUGGGCAGUUUGUACGGAAAAGUGGUAGAUGAGCUCACGAAUUCCCUCAACUUUAGUUUGGAUGUCGUGUUGGCAUUAGACGACCACGGCAUGUGGAAUCACAAGAAUCAUACUUGGUCCGGAGUAAUGAAUGAGAUUGUAUCAGGCCGCGCGGAUUUUGCUAUCGCCGAUAUGUCGAUGACGAGUUUGCGGGUGCGUUUCGUCGAUUUUACGCUACCCUUGAUAAUAUCUAAAAACAGCCUAUUCGUCAGGGAACCUGGGAUAUGCGGCGUCAAGUGGCUCGGUUAUUUUCAGACGUUCAGUUUGCGUAUUUGGGUUGCGAUUAUCACGUUAAUAGCUGUUGCACCGUUUCUGCUAUCCUUCAUGAAAUUGUGUCGUGAAUCUGGAAACAUUAUGGAUUUGAUUUCCGACAAUUUUCUCUACAUUUGGGGUAUCUUCUGUCAACAAGCACUUAUAGCGUUUCCGAGAUGUUCAUCGAUACGUAUUGCGUAUUUUACGAUAUUUUUAACGGCAGUAUUGAUAACGGCUCAUUAUUCAGCGGCAUUGGUGUGCUUUUUAACGGCUUGCAUUCGCGUUCUUCCUUUUCGUUCGAUAGAUGAAUUUGUGGAGGAUGGUACUUAUCAAUUAAUUGUUCCACGCGGCAGUGCCGACUACGACGUAAUCUCCCAUCAAUCAAAGUACGAAACAUCGAAGAAAUCUUUCUCGGCGGAACUGAUGAAGUUAAUGAAACAGGAGUCAGAAUUGCCGGAGACUUUAAUUGAUGGUUUCGUGCAAAUUUGCCAUGAGAAAAAGGUUGCUUAUAUGAUAUUGGACGCUUUAAAGAAAAGCGUCGAAAUGAGAAUUCCUUGCAAAUUGUCCAGCGUCAGCACUGAGAGAAUAGAUAACCUGGGGAUGAUUUUGUCCAAAGACAAUCCCUACACUAGCGUGAUAAAUUACCAUUUACAGAAAUUUUUGGAUAACGGGAUAAUGAAGCGUUUAAAGGAUAUGAAAUUCUUGAUACAAUCAACUGAAAGCAAAGCUUACACACCGGUUCGCAUAGUUAGUAUUGUCCCAAUCUUGGCGAUUCUCUGUGGAGAUUUUAAUAUGACGUCACUGCUGCACAUAUGGUCGCGUGACUUCUCACGACAGAGGAUCAUGACCGCGACUAUAACCUUCUCGGAUCUGGUAAGUGAAUACGACGAGUACCAGAGGACCAUCGCCCGGCCACUGUUUGUGGUUCUUCUCGACACUGGGGAGACCAUGAACGAAUUUGUUGAGGUCACGAAGAACGUUAAGCCCAUCUCUUUUCCCGUCUGGUUGAUCGUGUUCUUGCAAUGCUCUGGAAAACCGCUCGAGAAGUAUUGCCGACAUCCCGCUGAUAACAUAUUUAACGUAGACUUCGACACGCUCAUGUUAGUCCUGUGUUAUGAUCAUCCGAACCUGGAUGAGUGGUAUGCUAUUCGCGACAAUCGCACCAGGACAUUCGAAGUGGCCACGUGGGCCACUGAUGGAAAUCUAGUUUUCAAAACGCGGGAAAAUAAUCUCUAUGCCAGGAGGAACGACAUGUUUGGCGACAUCAUACGCGUAAUGCCCGUAAAUGAGUCGGCAUUUUUCUCGAUGAAGAACGGAGCGAUCGGCGGGUUUUUUGGUUUACUGCUGAUAGAACUCAGCGAAGCGAUGAACUUCACGUUGGAGGUUCUGGAUCCAAUAGAUGCGUACGGCAGUUGGAAUCAGCGGGAGAAAAAGUGGACCGGCGUGAUCGGUGAAUUGGUGAAUGGCAGAGCUGAUAUCGGCGCUUCCGCAUUCACAAUAACAGCAGACAGACUAAAUUUUAUCGAUUUUACAUUGCCAUUGAUACAUUCGCGAUCUCGUCUCUAUUUUAAGCAACCCAUCAGAGUGCAUUGGUCUGGAUACUUCACGGCAUUUAGUUACGGGAUUUGGAUAAUGUUAGCGACGGUAAUAAUAAUUGCCUCUAUUCUGUUAAGUGUUAUAAAGGUGAAAGGGUUUUCAAUGAAUCUACUAUUCGAAAACUAUGUUCAUGUUUGGGGUAUUUAUUGUCAGCAGGGUUGGUCAGAAUUUUCCAGCAAGUUGUCAAUGAGAUUGGCUGUUUUAUCGAUUUACGUUUCAUCGUUAAUAGUCACAUCCGCUUAUUCCGCCUCGUUGAUCAGUUUCCUGACACUGACUAAGACCAACCUGCCUUUCUCCACUUUUGAGGAUUACGUUAAAGAUGGUUCUUAUAAAUUAAUUGCCAUAACAAACAGCGCCGAGUACAAUAUGAUUCAUCACAUGAAGACUCCCAUAUUUUUGAAAAUGCACCAAUUGCUGGAAGAGAAAAAACAUUUGCCAUCUACAUUGCCAGAGGCAUUUAAACAAAUUUGCGAACGGAAGAACUUGGCGCUUUUUACGACAGAGCUAUUUAAAAGCGUCACGAACAUUUAUUUGACGUGUAAAAUCAGACAUAUCGAGAGCGGAAGAACUGAUAGUUUAGCGAUGGCUCUAACGAAGGGAAAUCCUUACACUGGUCUUAUGAAUUAUAAUUUACGUCGAUUUCAACUUAAUGGUGUCAUAAAUAAAUUGAAGAGCAAGCAUUUUUCAAGAAGUAAUAAACUGGAAAUGAAUUAUAAUGUGGUUAGUUGAGAUGUAACGCCGACUUUAACAAUAGUGGCAGGAAGUAUAAUCCUGGCAUUGUUUAUCUUGAUAAGCGAAAAAAUGUAUCAUUCUUUGAACAUUCAAAGGUUUAAAAGAAUCGAGUUAAAAAAUCGAGAUAAGUUCUUGGUUGAAAAUCAUAAAAUCGAAGUAAUAAAGAAUCUAAAAUUUCAACAAUAUUUUGAAUAA